AAAACAUGAAGGGGGUUAAGAAAUCUCCAAAACAGUUGGCUGCUUACAUAACUAGAAUAGUUGGACAAGCUGUGAAAAGCCCAGAUAAACUAUGUAAGGUUUAUAGAAGAAAGAAAGUUCAUCAUCCUAUUCAAAAUCCUUGUUACAGAAAAAAGCAGACCCCUAAAAGUGGGGGCUGUGUCAUGACAAAUAAAGAAAAUGAACUGGCUUGUGCAGGCCACCUCCUUGAAAAAUUACGGCAUGAUAGUCAAACAUACUUGAUUAACUCCAGUGAUUCUGGUUCUUCACAGACAGAAAGCUCAUCAUCAAAAUAUAGUGGCUUUUUUUCUGAGGUUUCUCAGGACCAUGAAACAAUGGCACAGGUUUUAUUCAGCAGGAAUUUGAGAUUGAAUGUAGCUUUAACUUUCUGGAGAAAGAGAAGUAUCAGUGAACUUGUAGCAUAUUUGAUAAGGAUAGAGGGCCUUGGAAUUGUGGUGGAUUGCCUUCCCAUGCUCACCAAGAGUUUUCAGGAAGAAAAACAGUACAUCUCACUUGGCUGCUGUGUAGAUUUGUUGCCUCUAGUAAAGUCACUACUUAAAAGCAGAUUUGAAGAAUAUAUAAUAAUUUGGUUUAAACUGGCUUCAAGCAGUCAUAAAAAGGUGGUGGUCAGAACUAUCACCCAAAACAGAAAUUGUGAAUGAUAGAAAUAUGCAGAUUUUAAAACAGCAAUUAAGUGGGUUGUGGGAACAGGAAAACCAUCUUACUUUGGUUCCAGGAUAUACUGGUAAUAUAGCCAAGGAUGUAGAUGCUUAAU